AUGACCCCAAUAAUGAUACCACUAAAUUAUGAUAUUCCAAAGCUACCAACCAACAAUAAAUCAAUAGCAACUAAAUUUCCAAGCGACGUGCCACAAAUAAAAAAUGAACAAGCAGUUACAGUGACGCUGAAAUGGCAAUGUAAAACUAAUGAUAAUACCAACAAUUACAAAGGCACCAGCAUAUGA